GUGGAUCAUGCACUUUACGAGGCUCACCUGAACUCACCAUGACGCUGGCAGCUAGCCUAGCAGGCUAACUUUGGCUAAUCUGAUUUACCGUCUCGGUUUAAGCGCACGGUAACUGUCAGCAGGAGGAUUAACAUAUAUCUAGUUUAACAUAUAUAUCUAGCGGUUAACGCAACAUCUCCCCGAGAACAAACAGACACUCAUUUAAAGGAAUGGCAUCGCUUGGUGAGCCCGUCCGGCUGGAAAGAGAUAUUAACCGUGCUGUUGAACUGCUUGAUAAGCUCCAGAGGACGGGGGAAGUUCCUCCCCAGAAGCUGCAGGCGCUGCAGAGGGUCCUACAGAGUGAAUUCUGUAACGCUGUCAGAGAAGUUUAUGAACAUGUGUAUGAAACAGUGGACAUCAACAGCAGUCCUGAGGUCAGAGCCAACGCCACAGCUAAGGCUACUGUGGCAGCUUUUGCAGCAAGUGAGGGACACUCGCAUCCACGUGUCGUGGAACUACCCAAGACAGAAGAGGGCCUGGGUUUCAAUAUAAUGGGUGGAAAGGAGCAAAACUCGCCUAUAUACAUCUCUCGGAUCAUCCCAGGAGGCAUCGCUGACCGACAUGGAGGCCUGAAGAGAGGCGACCAGCUUCUCUCUGUCAACGGGGUGAGCGUGGAAGGUGAGCACCACGAGAAAGCAGUGGAACUCCUCAAAGCGGCUCAGGGUACAGUGAAGCUGGUAGUAAGGUACACCCCCAAAGUCCUAGAGGAGAUGGAGUCACGCUUUGAGAAAAUGAGGUCGGCGAAGCGCCGGCAACAGAACAACUACCCCCAGUAGGAUUUUUACGUGUCGAUGCCCAGCUCCCAUGUCGCUCCUCCUCUAGCCUUCUGGCCAUAUGUUCUGGUCUCUUUCUUAUCUCCCUGCCCCAAAAAAGGCACAACACACACACAAGUUUAGUUUUACUUCCUACUCACACAUACUGUAUCUUGUGCUUCUACCCUUUUCUGUAGCAUUUUUAAUAUUCACCAUUGUUACACUGGACACUACAACUAUAGACAAACACUUUAAUGAUCAUGAUUGUCAGCGUAGGUUGUCACUCACGCGUGUGCAUUAUUUUUGAAUUGACAAUUUGAAUGCAACUCUGAGUGCUUUUGAGACCAACUACACAGUUCCUUUGACUGGAAAGGUAGUGUUUUUAAUUCUUUUUAUCACAGCCACUACCAAGUGCCUCAGGGCAAACACGUUUAUCUUAUGUACUGUGAUCACAUUUUUCUUUUUAAUGGUUUAAAGUCAAUUACUGGUAAUUAAAUGCUUGUGGCAGGAAUUACUACACGCUUUGCAUCUGUUAUUCUCAACGAUUAUUUGAUUUGAUGUAAAUACAUGGUAGACAUAUGUAAAAACCCUUUAAUCUUGCAAAAUUAAAAAAAAAAGAUGUAGUUUUAUUUUUGUUGCCGCUCUAGAGGCAUGUCCAGAGAAGGGACGUUUUUGGAAGAGUUGAUUUAAUUCGUUAAAAAGAGAUAGUUAUAUGUUGGGUAAUAAGGGAAACCACUGAAAGGACUCUUCAAAACAAAAGUGAUGGAUUAUCUAUUUUUCUCUGGGCUUACCUUUUAAGUUUUCUAACAUUAUACCACACUAUAAAAAGCUCAGCAGGUACUGUAAGUGAUUUAAUGGGGUCUCAGCAACUAUUCCUGCCACCACAGAGACUCACAUUUCUACCUUUAACAAAGUAAUAAACCUUCAUGUGCAAGGAGUUUGCUGUCAGCAUGACGUGAGUUAAAACCUGUUCAGCUUCUGAUUAAUUUGUUUUGACAUAAAUCAGGAAUGUACUAUAUGUCAUGUUUUUGCCAGGUACAGUACUUAACAAGAAGCCAGUUACUUAAUAUAUGUCUUUGAUCUUUGCUAAAAAAAACAACUCCUUGUUUGCAUCAUUCAGUGAAAAUUCAAAAUGCGGAAAAAUAAGACAUUUUUUAUAUCAAACAAUCUAUUUAGGUCUCAAUAAUGCACAAUGUGAGCUUUCAUCAUUGUUUUGAUGUAUGAAAUGGCCGAUGUUCAUGGCUGAUAGAUGGCUACUUCAUAU